AACAAAUAAGCAGAUCUGAUCAGCUGUAAUCCUAGAUUUUGUAGUUCCAUUCCUGUGGGCUGAAGUUGAUUUUCCAAUAGCCGCCGCCGCCGCCCGCCGCCGCUCCUCCGCCAUGGCCUCCCCCUACGAUCCCACUUCUCGGGAGGCGUUUCCUAAGAAGAAAUCAGCCCCAUUCAAGUUCUUGGUUCCUCUCAUCUAUGCCCCUGUUCUUCCUCUCAUUAGAAUUGCGCUGCGGAAGAAUCCUGUUGUGAGGGAUCGGCUUUUCACGGCGGUUUUAGCUGGUGCUUUUGCCCAUGGCUUUUACCUGGUAACUGAUAUCUACGACGCCGAGAGCAAGUGAUCCUUGGAUACCCAUAAUUCUUUAGUAUCAUAGCUUACUCCAAUGGUAAUAAAUACAGUACAUUAUUGAUGGAUGCUCUUUGUUUACUCAGUCUCUGAGCACUCUGCCUUUGAAAAUUUUGUGUAUUACUUGCUACACUUCAUUAUUGUUCAAAUCAAUUAAUGCUUUCCUUUUUCUUCA